UCAGGCUGAAUCUGCGGAGGGCAUGUGCUGGAUCUCACGCCAUGACAUACAGGCUGCCUUUGGUCCGAACUUCAAAGUUGAGCGCGGCAUUGGCAUCGUAGGUGUCGUAGGUGCAGAGAACGCUCAGCCAGGGUGUAUGUUCCUUCAUCACGAGCAGCAACCUCUAUUUCAGGCUUCCAAUUUGGCCUGCCUCUACUGCGACGCAGCGGAAGCGACUGCUCUGACCGCCCCGCUGGGCGGCACAGCAGCGGUGCCGGUGUUCUGGGGCCAGGGUGGAGGUGAAGCCUUGCAGCGAUUUCUGGGUUGGUAUCGAUCCGUGGAGAUUUUGCCCCGGGACCACGCAGCUUACCAGGACGCACAGCUGCUUCGGUUUAUGGAGGAACUAGCCAGCCGCUCCCGGAGGUCGUCGACGUUCCACCAGGGCUCCGAACUAUGUGCUCCUGCAGAUGGAAGCAGUGGAAGUUGAUGAGCUUGACAGGUGUCCGUUUGGUCAAGCGCCGUGUGCGCAGCUCAGAGACCUCCUGCAGAGGACGUUCAAAA